UUCUGAUAGGUAGUUUGUUCGGGUAGUAGUAGUCGGUGUUAGGCCUAACCUAAGCAAUACGAUAUAUGUAUAUAUAUGUGUGUGUGUGAGUAUAUUAUAUAAUAAGAUCUUAAGAUUGUUUUCAUUUUGAGGAAAGGAAAGCAGUGAAAUAAGAAAAAUGCCACGAAUAAUGAUAAAAGGUGGUGUUUGGAGGAACACUGAGGAUGAAAUCCUUAAGGCGGCUGUUAUGAAAUAUGGAAAAAACCAAUGGUCACGAAUUGCUUCUUUGCUUCACAGGAAAUCAGCAAAGCAGUGUAAAGCCAGAUGGUAUGAGUGGUUGGAUCCUAGCAUUAAGAAAACUGAGUGGACAAGAGAGGAAGAAGAGAAACUUCUUCACCUGGCAAAGUUGAUGCCUACGCAGUGGCGAACCAUAGCUCCCAUUAUUGGACGUACAGCAGCUCAGUGUUUAGAACAUUAUGAGUAUUUGCUAUGCAUCCCUUCAGGGCUGGGGUACAUGGGUCGAUCACCAAGAGGUUUCAGGUUGUUGGUCUGUGAAGAAUAUUCUCUUCACAUCAAUGUCCUGGAACUCCUGGCUGUCCAGCAAGCAUUGGAUCAUUUCCUUUCUAUCAAUAAACAGAAAGAAACAGAGUUGGAAAUGCUGUCUGAAGCUCGAGCUCGAUUGGCUAAUACCCAAGGCAAGAAAGCCAAGCGAAAAGCAAGAGAGAAACAGUUAGAAGAGGCACGGAGACUUGCUGCACUUCAGAAGCGAAGGGAGUUAAAAAUGGCUGGCAUAGAACUUCCACCUCGCAAGAAGAAGAAAAAAGGAGUAGAUUACAAUGCAGAAAUUCCAUUUGAAAAGAAACCAGCAGCAGGUCUGUAUGAUACAUCUGAAGAAUCCUAUGACCCAGCUGAACAUGACUAUAGGAGACUGAGGUCUCAACAUCUAGAUGGAGAACUAAGAAGUGAAAAAGAAGAGAGAGAAAGAAAAAAAGAUAGACAGCGGCAGAAACAACGUAAAGAGAAUGAUGUACCUACAGCAAUGUUUUCUGGAAACAUGGAACCAGUGAAAAAACGGAGCAAGUUAAUUCUACCAGAUCCACAGAUAUCUGACAUGGAACUAGAGCAGGUUGUAAAAGUUGGAAAAGCUAAUGAAAUAGCCAGAGAAAUCAUCGAUGAAGGAGCAAACAAAGCUUCAGACACUUUAUUAUCUGACUAUGAUAUUACUCCUGGGAUAACAAGUGUGCGAACACCACGAACCCCAGCCUCAAGCAGGGAAUCUAUUCUACAGGAAGCCCAGAACAUUAUGGCAUUGACAAAUGUUGACACUCCACUGAAGGGUGGGCUGAAUACCCCUUUGCAUGAUUCUGAUUUUAGUGGAGCAACUCCCAAGACUCAACAAGCCCAAACACCGAACACUUUAUAUUCUUCUCCUUUCAGAACUCCAGGGAAAGGUUCAACAGCUGCAGGAAAUACGCCAUUUAGUAGUGCAACCCCAGGUACCGCAACUCAUGGACAAUCACAGACACCAAGUGGAACUCCUCUCCGUGAUAAACUCAGUAUAAAUCCUGAAGAUAGUUUAGGUUUUGAUGAUGCACAGUCUGCUAAACAGUAUCAGAAGGAAAGCAAAGAUCAACUGAGGAAAGCUUUAUCAACCCUUCCAACUCCUAGAAAUGAUUAUGAAAUUGUUGUACCGGAGGAUGAGCAACAACAGUGGCAAGAGGAUGGAAUGGAUGAACGUGGCUACAUAGAAGACCAGUCCGAUAUUGAUGCCAAGAAAGAAGCGGAAAGACAAGCCCAGAUGGAUGCUGAAAGAAAACGUCAGUCCCAGUCUGUUCAACGAAAUUUACCCAGGCCUGUUGAAGUGAACUCCUCCAUCUUGCGGCCAUUAAAUUCAGAUCCUCCUCUCACAGCUCUUCAGAAGGCUGAAGAACUCAUUAAACAGGAAAUGUUAAUCAUGUUUCACCAUGAUGCUGUACACAACCCUACACCACAACAGAUUGGAGUUGCACCUGGCAGCAAGAAACCGAAGCAGCCACAUUCUUCUGUUCUGAACCAAGCCCAGCAUCUUGCUUAUUUAGAGAAACACCCUUAUGAAAAAAUGUUAGAAGAAGAGCUUGAGGCUGUAAGUGUGAUUUUGUUAUGUUUAAUCAGCCAUAGAGAUAGAGAGUGGUAUAUUUUAUCUUGAUAAUUAGUUGCCUGC